GGAGGGCGGAGCAGCCGCAGAUCGCGAGGAGCAUGUGGACGCUCGGGCGCCGCGCGGCUGCCAACCUCCUGCCCCGCUCGGCGUCCCCGGGCUCUGCCCAGGCCCGCGCCGGGGCCCCGCUGCCGACGAAGGACCCCCCGCCCUCCGGCCGCCGAGGCCUGCGCACCGGGACCGCCGCUGCCCGCGCACGCAGCCAGCCGAGUCUGAACCUCUGCUCCCUCAACCAGAUUCUGAAGAACAAAAAGCAGAGUGUCUGUUGGAUGAAUUUGAGGACAGCGGGAACUUUGGGUGACACUGGCUCUCUGGACGAUACCACCUACGAAAGACUGGCCGAGGAGACACUGGACUCCUUAGCAGAGUUUUUUGAGGACCUUGCCGACAAGCCUUACACAUUUGAAGACUAUGAUGUCUCCUUUGGGAGUGGUGUCUUAACAGUUAAACUGGGUGGAGAUCUAGGAACCUACGUGAUCAACAAGCAGACCCCAAAUAAGCAAAUCUGGUUAUCCUCACCAUCCAGUGGCCCCAAGCGAUACGACUGGACUGGGAGAAACUGGGUGUACUCCCACGACGGUGUGUCCCUCCAUGAGCUGCUGGCCACAGAGCUGACUCAAGCCUUAAAAACCAAACUGGACUUAUCUUCUCUGGCCUACUCUGGGAAAGGCACUUGCUGCCCAGCCCAAUGCUAAAGACAUUAAAAGCUCUAAUGCCCAGACCCCAGCUUUGUUCUGCAGCUGAAUGGCUAGUUUUUUCCAUCCCUGCUUUUGAGGACAGUUGCAGUGUGUUUAACGGCUCUGUGCAAAAACUGUGUCGCCUCCUGCCCUGUCUCUGAGUUCAGAUUUUUAACUUUCAUAGAGUUUUUUUGGAUUUAUUGUCUGAUUUCUUCCCUUACAUGACAGCCCUUAUCUUUCGUAAUGUCUGUAUGCCCACACCUUUAUAUAUAACCUCACAACAAAGAAAGAGAAGAAGGACAGUUUCCAGGAGGAGAAAUGAAUUGGCGCCACUGUUCAUUCUUUGAAGGACUUACUACAAAAACUGCACGAAGAGCAGCUGGCCAACCUUGCCAUCCUGUCUUAAAAUGAAACUCAUUAAAGGGAAGCCUAGAACAUUCCUGCCCCUCUUGAAAGUGUAAACACUUCGAAGCCCUUUAGUAUUGAAGCAUCAGUGGCAACACAGGAAUUCUCAAACUGAAGACCAUUUUCUCUUUGUGUUUUGUGACUGCCAGGGUAUGGCCCACAUGGGGUAACACGGGGACAUGUGGUGCAGUGUCUUCCAUACAUGCUUAUAUAUGUACACACAUUUACAUGUGUGUAUACAUAUAUAUGUGUGUGUAUUUUUUUUUAUUAAGGGUCCGUUUAGAGUAAGCUAUUGCAACAAUGGUCUGGGAAAGCAAAAAAACCUUCCAAAGAUGAGGGGGAAGAGAGCCAUCUCCAUAAGCUCAUGGAUAUAGCAUAAUAAACUAGGUCAUGGGCUUCCUAGGUGGCGCAGUGGUUGAGAAUCCGCCUGCCAAUGCAGGGAACACGGGUUCGAUCCCUGCUCCAGGAAGAUCCCACAUGCCAUGGAGCAACUAAGCCUGUACGCCACAACUACUGAGCCUAUGCUCUUAAAAAAAAAAAAAAAAAAGAAUAAACUAGGUCAUGGAGCUGAGGAGAUGCUUGGUAAAUUGUGAAAGGCCACAUAAGUGAAAAGAUGAUGGUGUUAAUGCGAGGAACCCUGGCCUUACACUUGGCCCACCCAAAAGUGGUUUUCUGUCUCUGGGCAAGUUUCUCGAACUCCCUGGACCUCUUUUCCCGUGUUUACAGAGAGGGUUAAACUGGAUAGAAUAUAGUCAUCGAUUCCCAGUUCAGGCAUUUAGUGGUCCUGUCAGGCAACCUAACAGGCCAGCUUUAAUUCCCUCUAGUAGAGGAGGUGACACUGAACAGUUUUUUUAAGCUAUACAGUAAGUAUAUGGAUUUGGGUUUCACUCUACUUGAAUUUCAGUUGAAUUCAUGUUCCAGUGAUCAUUUUUUAUUGUGCCAUUACUGUGCUCAGCCUGUGCUGUAGGUUCAGGUGUUGAUCCUAACCCCCAAUCACAGCCCUCACAAAUGAGAUUAGUGCCCUUGUAAAAGAGAACCCAGAGAGCUCCCUCAGCCCUUUCACCACAGCGAGAAGACAGCUGUCUGUGAACCAGGAAGCAGGCCUUCACCAGACACCCCGUCUGCGGGGGCCAGCCUCCAGACCUAUGAGAAAUAAAUUUCUGUUUAUAAGGCAUCCAGUCUCUGGUAUUCUGUUACGGCAGCCCUGAUGGACUAGAACAGCCUGCUACACCAUAUGACUUCGUUUGAAUUGUUACCGACCGCCAUUUUA